ACAAAAUAUUUUUCUAAAACUCUUAUACAUAACAAUUUAAUUAUACGUAAGAAAAACUAUACUAAUUUUAAUACGAAAAUUCUUAAGGAGAGAAAAUGAAUUUUACACCAUUUGGUAAUCCAUUUCCCGGUUCUAUACCGGGUAUAGCCCAGUUUACUGCCACCACAACACCUUUGGUGUCGACAGUAACCUCGGCUUCGGCAGUGGCCACGGUAACAUCAACUACCACACUGCAGCAACAGCAGCAGCAGCAACAACAACAGCAGCAGCAGCAACAGCAACAAGAUACUGUAACUAUAGCGGGCAAUCGUUAUCAGCAACAGCAGCAGCAGCAACAACAACAACCUAGUACCUCUACCAUUAGUAUGACCCAUUUCAAUCAACCUGCCAUACAAGUUGCCACCGCUACUGCUGUUACCGCUUUGCCCGCCAAAUUUCGUACCAACAACGAUGAUUCUCAAGGUGAUAAAUACAAUGGUCAUAUGGUUGCUUUAGCAGCUGCUGGUGUGGCCAAUCAACAACAACAGCAGCAGCAACAGCAGCAGCAACAACAACAGCAGCAGCAACAGCAACAAACUACACAGUAUACUACUAUACCCGCCUACAAUCAACAAACUGAAGAUAAACGUUUAGUACAAGCCGCCAUAGCUUAUCCUCAAAAUACAAUAACAGCUUCCACCUCAGCAGCAGCGGCUGCUACUGCCUUAGGUUUACAACAAGCUCAACUACAGCCCUCAACAUCGACGCAGCAAUUGCAGACCCAGCUAGCAGCACCUCAGGAGUUAACUCAGGAUUUAUGCAAUGCCAUAUUGCAACAACAAGGUGUGGAUUCAAAACGUGUGUUACAAAAUACCUCAUGGCAAUCAUUAACCCCUGGUACUACGGUUGCAGAUUAUCUCUCACAUCUUCCGGCGAAUACAUUGCCACUGUCAUUGCAUCAUUUUUUAAAAUAUUCAGCUGAGAACAUUAAAAAGGAAAACCAAAAUGUAGUAAUUAUAAAGGUUGAAUGUCAAUUGAAAAAUACCCCAUUUAUACGAUUAAGCAAUAAAAGAAACAAAUCUAUGAUAUUUUUGGAACAAUAUGUCUUACAGGUGCAAACGGGACCACCAUUGGGUUUAAACACCAUCGGCGGCGCGACAACAAUCACAAUACCUCAGCAGCAAUUGCAGCAAGUAACGGCCACAAUACAAGAACAACAACAGCAGCAGCAACAACAAAAUUUAGCCACCACAUUGCCCUUGUUACAAACCCAACCCUCUACAAGCGUUUUGGCCGCUACUUUACAAACGAAUCAACAAGCCACCUCAGUUGAGCCCAGCACUAGCACCGCCACCACUAACACCGCACCCAAACGUAAGAAACGAAAAAAGCGCGUUAAGGAACGCAAACCCAAACCGAGACCCGGUGAAAUACGUUUAACCACCGCUUUAGACGGCAGUCCGCUUUAUAUGUGUCCCGAGUGCCAGGUGGCUUAUCCCGAACCUGAACUGCUAGAAAUCCACUUAAUAGGUCAUAAUUCUGAAAGAAGAUAUAUCUGCGAUAUUUGCCAAGCAACCCUCAAACGUAAAGAUCAUUUAACGCGACACAAACAAUCCCACAAUCCGGAGAGACCCUUCAUCUGUACGGUGUGUCUAAAGGCGUUUAAGAGAAAAGAACAAUUAAGUUUGCAUUUUGUUAUACAUUCCGGCGAGAAAAGACACAUUUGUCAAGAAUGUGGCAAAGGGUUCUAUCGCAAAGAUCAUUUGCGGAAACACACCAGAUCGCAUAUAGCGCGUAGAGUUAAGGCUGAGUUAAGUAUGCAGAAUGAAAGUGAAAAUGGCACUAGUAUGUUGCAGCCGGUAGCAGGAGCUUUGGCGGUAGUACAGGCCACCUUGCAGCAAGUGCAACAACAGCAGCAGCAGCAACAACAGCCUCAAACUCAAACAGUACAAGUGCAACAACAGCAGCAGCAGCAACAACAACAACAGCAGCAACAAGUACAACAACAAUUACAAACCCAACAGCUGCAGCAGCAUCAUGUGGUGGUCACCCAGCAGCAGCAGCAACAACAGAAUCCUCAACAGCAGCAGCCACAGCAACAAAUGCAACUGCCUAAUUAGCCCCCACCUGGUGGCACACAGCAAGAAUUUUGUAAAGUUAGCUAGUUACACAUUUUUGUUGUUGUUGUCAUAAUUUAUUAUUAACAAUUCAACACAAACUUUUAU